AUGUGGUUAUUUAGCACGUUCGUUAUUGAACUACCACCAACUCUACGAUAUCGUCGUGCAAAUAUGCCGUUAAUAUCCAUGUGGGUUGCUUGUAAAGAACCUGGCAUCCAUUUGUGGCUUAAUGAAAGCGUUCAAAUGUUGAAGUUAUUAAAGACUAACGGAAUAUUGGUUAAUGACUUUACUUCCAAAAUGAAUGUUUAUGGACACUUAGGGAGAUGUAUAUUGGACAGCAUUCUUGAUGUUCCAUUACCAACGUCAAUCAUAUGUGAUUAUGGACAUGUAUCGCUUUUGAGACAUUUUAAAGAUGUAAUUCGAUCAAUAGGUCGUGCAUUAUCUCCAAGCCUAAGAAAAACAAUUGAUUCAAAAUUGCGACGACAAGUAUUCCCCCUUUAUUUCAAAAGAAAGAUGCGCGGUAUCGAGGAGUUAAGUUAUAUUAAAGCCAGUGAAAUUAAAAAUAUUUUGUUAUAUGGUUUUCUUCCGCAUUUUCACAAUGUUUUGCCCUGUAAUGUACUUGGACAUAUUGCAUUAUUCAUUUGUGGUGUACGCCUUCUACAUAGUUCACAUAAAAAAGUUCGUGAAUCAACAGAUGAUAUAGCUAAUGAAUUGCUUAAAAUGUAUCAUGAACAUCAUAAUUUUUAUUAUACUUAUAUGGAGAAUUUUGUUCUUCAUUUACAUGCACAUUAUUUCAUGAAUUAUAAACUACAUGGAUCAUUAACUUAUGUGAAUACCUUCGCUCAAGAGGAUUUGAUGGGAAGUAUUGCAUCUGACAGGAAUGGUACGUAUCGAAAUAUUUAUGAAAACUCAUCUUUUUUUGUUAAAACAUAA